UUUGUUUUGUUCCAAAAAUACUGCCGCUGCAGUCGGCUAGCCGCACACAUUUUUCCUCCCAGUUGAUUCAAACUAGAAUAAUUCUCCCCGUUGAGUUCGUGAUGGUAUCAUGUCACCGCUUGGGCUCGACUGAACUCCUUGCCGCCCGUAAACGUUGGUGUGAGCUGCGAACAUCACGCAGGGUUUGUUCGUCAACUGAGCGUCCGACUUAGUCCUGGAGUGAGUGGUGCAAGAAAUCACCGCUGUCAAUGGCUGCUUCCAGUACCUAGUGUAGCUGGUGACUGUUUUAGGGUGCGUUCUAGCGACCCAUGCUCACAAGACGACGCUAGAGUAGAGGUUUUCUUUCUCCCUCUCCAAAGAGAAGGCUGCAUUCGUAUGUCGUGUGAGCUAGUGCGCACUACCCUGAACGGUGCAAAUAGAACUUUCGGCUCAUUCGGCCUCCUGACACAGCUAACACGCUGGUAGCAACCACCGUCUGAUCCACUUGCUCCGACUAGCUUUGCUCAGGCAGCUGCUAUCACAAUGUCCAGCACCGGAGAAGAGAUCGCUGCCACAGCAGAACCGGGCGCAUCGGCACUGGCAUCACAGGAUGGUGUGCAGAGCAACCCUGCAGAUCAACUAGUCGAGGAGAACGAGUCUUUGCAAGCACGGCUUACCACUACUAACGCUGAACUGGUACAUUCCUCGGCAAGACUGAGAGAAGUCGAACAUCAACUGGAGGAGCAGGAGAAGAUUUAUUCAGAGGCUGCUGCAGACCAGCAGAAGGACUACAUUGCACAAUGCGACAGCUUGAAAGCGGACAUCGCCUCUCUGACGUCGCAGCUGACUCACCUCAAGAAUGAACUGAGCUCUGCGCCGGUUACCGAUGACAACCGGCCAGCAACCCCAGCGGGUACGAACGUCACGGACGGCCUGCAAAAGAUCCAACGCGUCUUCAAGGUAGUGUUAGUUGGGGACAGCGGUGUGGGUAAAACAACGUUCAUACGUCACCUGUGUCUCGGACAGGAGGCAGCCAACGCUACUUCGUCGACAGUGGGAGUGGAUUUCUACACAAAGCUUAUGACUGUCCAGGGCCAGUGCACGUCGCUAAAGAUCUGGGACACAGCUGGAACUGAACGAUUCCGUAGCAUAACAAAGUCGUACUUCCGCGACGCCAAUGGUGUUCUUCUGGUGUAUGACGUGACGGCUGUGAAGAGUUUUAGCCAUGUCCGACAGUGGAUGGGAGACAUACUGGAAAACGCUGAUGAUCACGUUGUGGUGAUGGUCCUGGGUAACAAGACGGACGUAGUCGCAGAGAGGCUGGAGGAUGACAGUGUUCUCACUAACCAUGGCCGAACGCUGGCUGAUAGUUAUCGCUCUUUGUUCGCUGAGGUCAGUGCCAAGACGGGAGCUGGAAUUGCUGAUGCCAUGGCUAUGAUGAUCAGGGCAAUGCAGGAUGUAGAGGAUGAACAGAUCCGUCGCACCCGGCUAGCUGUGGAUGUGGACAACGAGGGGAAGAGUGGCUCUCGAUCGUGUUGUUAGUAGUGACAGGUGGUCGUGGUGACUCAGGCUGCGGUGUGCAAGGAUCUUUCUUACUCUCACUCUCUCUCUCCCUCACUGUCUCUCACUCACUGUCUCUCUCUCUCUCUCCUUCUCUCUUCUUCUCUCUCUCUCUCACUCUCACUCUCUCUCUUUCUCUCUCUCUCUCUCUCUCUCUCUCUCUCUCUCUCUCUCUCUCUCUCUCUCUCACAUGAUGGUUACCUGCAUAUCAUCCAUGCACAAUGAAAUUGGUUUGCGGUCCGCGAGCACCUCUUCUAUCAACUACAUAUGCAGGAGUACAACGAAUUUUCUGCUGCACCUGCCUGUUGGUUGUGCUGCUUGUGCAUCAGAAGGUGGUGGUUGGUAACAGAGGCAGCAGUGUAGCUGCACUCCCUGUAUCUAUAGCAUCCCGGCAUGUUCUGCUCUCCCAGCAUGUGCUGCUCUCCCAGCAUGUACUGCUCUUGGCUACGUCAACAGUCAUUAGUGGCCUGUGCAUCCAGAGCUGCAAUUGAAUUAUAACACAUGUAGUCAUGUACACUACUUUAGAUGACAUUGACGGUAUAGCCAUGGAAGCUACCCAUGCCACGAACGCAACAUACAGUGCUACAUGUCCUACAGUAACCGUUGUUGUGUCCGUACCUCCACCGACUGCUACAGCGUGCGUACGCCCGUCACCGUCUUGACCUUCGGCUAUCAUCAUUGUGCGUGUGAGUACGUUGUACGGGACAUGGCAUGCGAAACUGUACUCGAUGUGUAAUCAGGCAACCUCAUAAUCCCCGGCUUCUGAAUUCGCCGGCUUUGGUUUCAGUCGUUUUACCGUUCCUGUUUCCGACCACCGGCACCUGAGACUAAACAUAAUCAUUUCACUGUUCUUGUCAAGACUUCUGAUUCUAAUACGAAUAAUGGCCUCGUCAAUCGAUAGAUACCUGCUGAAAGCUCUGCGUCUAUCCAAGUCUAUUUCUACAAACCUGGCUGGCACGUGUAUUGUGAUUUGUUGACCGUCUGUGCUUGAUGGCUGCUGCAGACGCUUCACUAUUCUCUGGUUGGUUUAGGUAACUCCGUCCUAUAAUCAAUUAGGAUUCUUACUCGCUGUGAAACCGCUUUUAGAAGAUUUCACUUGAUGUCACAUUAUACUAGGGAGAACACACCACACAAACACUAGACCGCGUUUCAUCGGCGAGACGAUGGGCGCUGCGACAUCAUGACAUCAUUACGACGCUGAGCUGCUGUGAUGCUGUGCACCGCGACGACAACGCUUGCAACGCCGUCAUGACACCAUUAACUGCCCUGCUAUCAUGCUGUUCACCGAGAUGAUGUCGCUUGCAGCGACAUCUUGACAUCAUUUAUGGCGCUGCGCUGCUGUGCACCCCAGAUCUGCAUUGCCAAUACCUCGCACGUGCACGUCCAGAGAACGAUGGCGUAAUCUCCAAUACCACCCGGCUGUUUAGUUUUUGGCUGCGCACUCCUCAAGCGGGGCCAUCACCUCAUUCUUGUUUUUGACCUGCUCUUACUUAUCUCAAUUCACAAACAAACCGUUCCAGUCUGAGUUCCCCGGCAAGUGCAAACUUGUCAUCUACUCGUUUUCAGUGCCCUUCUCUUUCCUGAUAGUUUUCGGUUCAAUUCUGGCCUAAAAUUUAAUUUCCGACUCAGUGGAGUUGCCCCCAGUAAUUUAUAGAUGGAUUCAUUUCAUUUCCGUCUUGCCCCAACAGAGAUAAUACCUGAUUCCAAGAAAUUCAUGUCGAUGUCUAAAUUUCCAAUUUUCUGCUUCGUCUUUUUCAAGAUAAUUGAAGAUAAUUAUAGUCAAAUAUUUUUUUCUCCAGUCUCGCAAAUAGCUUGGUGGCUUGUGA